CUCAUUUAUUAAAGACAAAGGGAAAAGAUCUUUCGCGUCUAAUGACGUCUAGUCACACUAAUGAAACGUGCAAAUAACGUUUAAUUAUUAAUUGCUGUCACUUGAAGAGAAAAUCUAUGAAGUUUGUUAGACUAAUGAGUGUCGGGGUAACCCUAUAUACUCCUUGAUAAUUAAAGGAAAUGUAUAUAUGUACAGCACUGGACAUUAUAGGACUUAUCAUCGAGAUCAUGCAGUAACGGUUUACAGCAACUUGUGAAACACAGAGAGAUAUAUCAAAGUGAGAGACUAAGAAACAAUAUAUAGAGUUAAUCUGUGGAGACAGGAACAAAACAUUACACAUAUGUCAAGAGAUAAAGAGAUGUUCUAUACACGUGUUCGUUAGUAUUUGACGGAAAUACCAGAAAAGAUACACACGUUUGGCUCUCGGACAUUUGGUGUAUUCGGAUUCUUGUGCUGCCAGAACUAAACGAUGGAAAAUUUGACAAUGGUGAUUUCCAAUACCUCUACACAAAUUUACCAGACCUUAGAAGAAAUCAACGCGUCAAAAGCCGAACAACGCCUCCCCACCGUUAUCUUCCUGACAAUUUUAAUUAUUAUUGGAGUAAUUGGAAACACAGUGGUCAUCAUUGUGUACUCAUUAAAAUACCCACCGUCCACAUUCAGACUGUACAUCCUGACCUUAGCGGUCAUUGACCUUCUCUCAUGUAUUUUUGCAAUGCCCGUGGAAGUAGUGGACAACGCCUACCCGGUUAUGUUUUAUAAUGAAGCCUUCUGCAAAUGUGGUCGUUUCUUUGGCAAUAUAUUCAAGAUUGGAUCAGCGUUUGUUCUCGUUGUGAUGGCAGCAGGUAGAUACAAAAAGAUUUGUCACCCGUUUUCGACCGCCACUACCUUACCUCAGGCUCGUCUCUGCUGUGCAGCGGCGGUCCUUCUUGCUAUUGCUUUUUCGUGGCCAAACGCAAUCAUCCAAGGAAUAAAACAUGUAUAUCUUCCAGGAAAUAUUACUGGUUUCGAUUGCUCUCUUGAUGACAAAAUCAUUAACACAAAAUAUCCAUUUAUUUAUUCUACAAUUCUUUUCGUUGUGUACGUGUUAGUGUUUUUGUUGCUAACUGUACUAUAUACCCUUGUGAUUUUGUCACUUCAGAAACAUACUAAAAAGCAAACAACAAAAAAUCUAAAUGAGAGACUGAACAAAAUGAACCCUAGAAUUACAAAACUUAUGAUUGCAAUCACAGUGGCAUUUAUUUUGUGCUAUCUACCAAACUGUAUUUUGGAUGCCAUCUCUACAUUCAAAAGAGGAAACAUUUUCCCGCCAAGCCCUAUUGUUUUGGGAACUCUACCGCUUUUGGCCAGAGCAUUUUUUAUUAACAAUGUCAUAAACCCUUUCAUAUACUUAAUCGGGGAAUCAAAAUUCCGAAACAUCAUUCACCAGUCUCUGCGAUGGUUGUAUUAUACCAUCUGUUGUCCUAAAGAGAAACAAAAGAAAAGCUUCGCUAUUACAGAGUCCAUUCGAUUAACAGAGGUUAGAUCUACCGACUCUUAGUUAAGGAAAACAUUGAUAUGGCUAAUAUUCCAUCGUAUGAACAUUAAAAUCGACAUUAAAAUAAAUGUGCAUAUCAUAAUUAUGUAGUACUUGUUCAAUAGGUCGUUGGUUUUUUCAUGAAUUUUGGGCAAAAAAAAGGUCUCAUUUCUGAUACAACAUUGACAGCACUUCCUGAAUUAUUUUAAAUCAGAAUGUUUCUGCAUUAAAAUAUAUAAAGCAAAUUGGAAGUGUGCAACAUGACGAAAAUAACUGAAUGAAAAGAUGCUGAUUAAUGCAGAAAUGAAGAGACGUCUGAUUGAAAAUAUCACUUAACACAGCUUUGACCUCUAUCAUAUCACGAGUCUUUAUGACACCUAUAGUUACUAGGUUGUUCCUUAGACAUAUUUAUUUAUUUUUUGUUUAUCUAAAACACAUUUGCAGAACGUUGAAAACCAUCAUUUGCAAAAUAAUUUUAAUCUGUAUUUAAAAACGUACUGUUGGAUCCAUGUAAGUACUAUCCAAUAUGUAACGCAUUUUAAAAUAAAGAAUACUUUUACAUGCUUUCA